AUGAAAAAGGAUAGGUAAAUGAACACUGUGAUCCCCCAUUUUGGAUCUCCCGAAGAAGCUCGAAGCUUGGAUUUAAUUAACAUGAACUCUGCCAACCUCCCUCUCGUGCGUGCUCCCCCUGACGCCCUGCGCUUCGGCUUCUACAGCGCCAGCGAGGACGUGCGACCGGUGCACGAGGUGCAGCGUCUGCAGACCACGCACCGUCAGUCCAACUGGGAGCUUAAGAUGGCGACGGUCGAGCAGGUCUACGGCAAGGCGGCAGCCAUGCGUCUGCGCACAGAGAAGGCCGUGCUUGAACAGUUUACGCGUCUUCCCGGUCUUCCGAGUUCCCACGCCGGUCUGGACACGCUUACGGGCGUAGACGAGCAGAUUGAGUUCACGGACUUCCUCAAUGACCCUAAUGAGCACCCUGAGAACACGUUCCGUGUGCACGAAGCGAUGGAAGUGAAGCUCUCUAUUUUCUAAACAGUUGAAGCAGCGCCUCAACAAAGCGUGAAGAUGCUGAUGGCGCUGGUGUUAUGACAGUUCCGUGCAUUGAAGCAGGAUCAAGUCUCACCAAUGACACGUAGACGACAUUGACAAACUGUAUCUUUUUCAUUCAUAUAUUGUUGAUGUUCAAUUAUAAUAGCACAGCGUUCUCAACGCAAUGUGGACAAGCUC